AGCAUCGCAGGAGGAGCAGCUCGCCACAGUCGGUGCCAAGAUACAGGUUAUAUAAUGGGUCUGGACUCCAAGCAGGUGGCGCUGUUGGUGUUGCUGGUGGCCUCGGUAAUAGCUGUGGUAAUUGCGCUAAUUCUAAGUUUGGUGAAGAGCAGCGAAGUCCCACUCCCCCCUGGAACCAAGUACGGGAUGGUAUUUGAUGCCGGCUCCUCACACACCUCGCUUUUUAUUUAUCAAUGGCCCAUGGAUAAGGAAAACAACACCGGCGUGGUAAGCCAGACGCAUGUGUGCGAUGUAGAUGGCCCUGGGAUAUCCAGCUAUGCCAAUGACCCCCCUUCAGCGGGCAAGUCUCUAUUGGAUUGUUUAGAAGAAGCCAUGUCUAUUAUCCCCCCGGAAAGUCAGCGAGGAACCCCGGCUUAUCUCGGUGCCACAGCUGGGAUGAGACUGCUCGACCUGGAGAACAAAGCGGCAUCAGACAAGGUGCUCUCCGAAGUCUCAGACACCAUAGGCCGUUAUCCCGUGGACUUCCGGGGAGCCCGUAUCAUCAGUGGAAAGGAAGAAGGCUCUUAUGGCUGGAUCACCAUCAAUUACCUCUUGGAAUCCUUUAUGAAGUAUUCCUUCAGCGGUCGCUGGCUUCGCCCCGUGUCCACCAAGAUUUCUGGUGCUCUGGACCUCGGUGGAGCUUCCACACAAAUCAGCUUCAUUCCAAAGGUGGAAAUCAGAGACCCAGAGGAGAGGGCAGAUUUCAAACUUUAUGGCUUCCCCUACAGUAUCUACACACACAGCUUCCUGUGCUACGGGCAGAACCAGGCCCUGAAACAGAUGUUGGUCAAAGCAGUGGAGGGAAAAGAUCUAAAUCAGCCUGUAGAUGUCCCCUGCUACCCUGCAGGAUACAAAGAAACCAUCACCCAAGACUCUCUCUACAACAGCCCGUGCACCAUUGAGUCCGCCCCGCCUUCUUCUCUAACAAAAAAUAUCACCAUCAGUGGUACUGGCAGCUCCGGAGAGUGCCAGAAUCUACUCAAAAGCAUCUAUAAUUUCACCAGCUGUGCCGGGAAGGAAUUCUGCUCUUUCCAGGGAGUUUACCAGCCUCCUGUUGUUGGGAAUUUUUUUGCAUUUUCUGCUUUCUUUUAUACCUUUGACUUUCUGAACUUGACAUCUGGACAGAAUCUGCCAACAGUAAAGAGCACAAUCCAAACAUACUGUGCCAGAGACUGGACAGAGCUUCAGGCAGCUUUCCCAAAGGAGAGGAAGGAUCGUUUGAGGGAUUACUGCGCCAAUGCAAACUACAUCCUGACUCUACUGCUGGAAGCUUACAAGUUCAGUGAAAGCAACUGGAAUUCCAUCAGUUUUAUGAAACAGGCCGCAGACACUGACAUUGGCUGGACACUGGGGUACAUGCUGAACCUGACUAACAUGAUCCCUUCCGAAACCUCAGCUAGCGUGAGAACACAGAGUUAUGAUGUAUGGAUCGCCGCCGUCUUCUUUAUAGUCCUUACCUUGGCACUCACGCUGCUUAUGCUGUUCUUAUAUUUCCGAUAA